AUGCUGCGGAUACUCUUGGUCAUCUUCAUCCAUGUACUGUCUAAAGCAUCAUCAAGCAGCAGUGAAAUGCGGCUUUAUGCUGAUCUGAUGACGAACUAUAAUGCACUGGAGCGGCCAGUAAGCAAUUCAAGUGCACCACUACUGGUCAAAAUGCGUCUCUUCCUGCAGCAGAUCGUGGAUGUGGACGAGAAGAAUCAAAUAUGGGAAGAUUACAAGCUGAAAUGGAAUCCCGAAGAAUACGACGGCAUCAAAGACGUUCGCUUUCCAAGUGAUUCUGGGCAAGUGUGGCACCCUGAUAUUUUACUAUAUAACAGCGCUAAUGAAAAUUUCGAUUCGACAUUCAAAAGCAAUCUGGUGGUAUACAGUAAUGGAGAAGUGAACUGGAUACCUCCGGGUAUACUAAAAUUCAGCUGCAAGCUUGACAUUACCUGGUUUCCAUUCGACGACCAGAUAUGCGGAUUAAAAUUUGGUUCAUGGACAUUCAACGGAUUUGCUCUUGAUUUACAAAUCGAUGCUGAUGAUCCAAAUUCAGCGCAUCAAAUGGAUAUAAGCGAUUAUGUGGUGAACGGUGAGUGGGAUUUGAUUGCCACACCAGCAGUACGCAAUGUUAAACGUUUCGAAUGUUGUCCGGAGCCUUAUCCGACCAUCACGUUCUAUAUGCACAUUCGGCGACGAACGCUUUAUUACGGUCAGUUACGUAUUGUAUUGUCCAGUGUUGCUUCUUUAAAAUAA